AUGCAAUGUGUUCAGACAGUCUCUUAUUCCAUCCUGAUUAAUGGCAAACCAUGUGCACCAUUUGAGGCUAAAAGAGGAUUGAGACAAGGGGAUCCUUUGUCCCCCUUCCUGUUUGUGAUAGCUAUGGAGUAUCUAACUAGACUAUUGAAGACUUUAAAACGCGUACCAAAUUUUAACUAUCAUCCCAGAUGUGAGAAAAUGCAGAUUGUGCAAUUGGGGUUCGCAGAUGAUCUACUCUUACUUUGUCGAGGUGAUGCAGACUUUUAUAUGACACAUUUCAAAGCUUCUCCAAUGUUUCAGGUGAUAAACAAGAAUAAGAGCUAUAUAUUUUUUGGAGGGGUAAAUGAGUCAAACCAGCAGAUCAUACUGCAAAGAUUGGGGUUCAACAAAGGUGGUAAUGAAAUCACAAAAAAUAAUCUACUCACCUGGGAUAGAAUAUGCUGGCCUCAAAUAGCUGGAGGACUGAAUAUAGCUAUUUCGAAUAGAGCUGCUAUUGGCAAACAAUUCUGGAACCUAUGA